GGUGGAGGAGGAGAGAAGAAACCAGCUUAGCAGCGGCAGCACCGUCGCCACCGCCAAAUAAUGCAGUAAGAGCCGCGUCGGGGCUGAUGAGAUUGAAAGUAGCCCUCAUUCCCCGAGGAGCCCACUCCCCCCUCCCCGCGUCUGGCCGCGGACCCCCGGGAAUGGACUGCUGAAUUAUGAAGUAUUCCAGAGUCAAUAGCAUAGCAUUGCUGCGCUACUCAAUACUUUAUCUCCUGCUAGUUAUUUAAAUUGGACUUUUAAUAUCCUCCCAGCUGCUCUUGAGACACACAUGGUGCAUUGUUGCCAUUCCCCGGAUUGCAUCUUUGAAACCAAGGCCCUCAGUAACCUUUGUCAAACAAAGAGGCAGCCUCCAGGAAGCCUUCCUAGUGGGGGGAUUCAGCCUGACUGCCCUCUAGCUUUCUCUGGCCCGGGCUGUAUUUGAAUUCCACCAUGGAGUACCGAAUGGAGUCUUGCUUGGCACAGGUGUUGCAGAAAGAUGUGGGGAAACGACUACAAGUGGGCCAAGAGUUAAUAGACUAUUUCUCAGACAAGCAGAAGUCUGCCGAUCUCGAGCAUGACCAGACCAUGUUAGAUAAGCUUGUGGAUGGACUUGCCACUUCUUGGGUGAACUCUAGUAAUUAUAAGGUUGCACUUCUGGGGAUGGACAUUUUGUCGGCUCUGGUGUCUCGGCUGCAGGAUCGGUUUAAAGCCCAAAUUGGCACAGUGCUACCCAGUCUAAUUGACAGGUUGGGCGAUGCUAAAGAUUCAGUGAGAGAGCAAGACCAGACCCUGCUGCUGAAGAUGAUGGAACAAGCUGCCAGCCCUCAGUAUGUAUGGGACAGAAUGUUAGGAGGGUUCAAACACAAGAAUUUCCGCACCAGAGAAGGUGUUUGUCUCUGCCUUAUUGCAACACUGAAUGCCUCUGGAGCCCAUACUUUAACGCUAAGUAAGAUUGUGCCACAUAUAUGUAAUUUGCUUGGAGAUCCAAAUGGCCAGGUUCGAGACUCAGCAAUAAACAGCUUAGUGGAAAUUUACAGACAUGUAGGAGAACGUGUGAGGGCAGAUCUCAGUAAAAAAGGAUUACCACAGUCUCGGUUAAAUGUAAUUUUUACAAAAUUUGAUGACGUCCAAAGAUCUGGUAACAUGAUACAGUCUGCAAGUGAUAAGAAUUUUGAUGAUGAAGACUCUGUGGAUGGGAACAGGCCUCCUUCAGCCAGCUCUUCUACAUCUUCAAAGGCCCCCCCAAGCUCACGAAGAAACAUUGCAAUGGGAACCACUCGCCGCGUUGGACCUGUUGCUCUAGGAUCUAAGUCGUCUGCUACAAAAGAAGGAGCUGGUGCUGUUGAUGAAGAGGACUUCAUUAAAGCAUUUGAUGAUGUACCAGUAGUACAGAUUUAUUCCAGUCGAGAUCUUGAAGAAUCUAUAAAUAAAAUUAGAGAAAUCUUAUCUGAUGACAAACAUGACUGGGAACAGAGAGUAACAGCUCUGAAAAAGAUUCGAUCAUUACUUCUGGCUGGAGCUGCUGAAUAUGAUAAUUUCUUUCAACAUUUGCGUCUGUUGGAUGGAGCAUUUAAAUUAUCUGCUAAAGACCUGCGGUCUCAAGUUGUCCGGGAAGCUUGUAUCACGCUGGGGCAUCUGUCGUCAGUCCUUGGAAACAAGUUUGAUCAUGGAGCUGAAGCCAUCAUGCCAACCAUCUUUAAUUUAAUCCCAAACAGUGCCAAAAUCAUGGCCACAUCUGGUGUUGUAGCUGUUAGGUUAAUUAUUCGACAUACACACAUCCCUAGGCUAAUACCUGUUAUAACUAGCAACUGUACGUCCAAAUCUGUUGCAGUAAGAAGGCGCUGUUUUGAAUUUUUAGAUUUGCUUUUACAAGAAUGGCAAACACAUUCAUUAGAAAGACACAUAUCAGUAUUAGCAGAAACAAUAAAGAAAGGAAUACAUGAUGCUGAUUCUGAAGCAAGGAUAGAAGCAAGAAAAUGUUAUUGGGGUUUCCACAAUCACUUCAGUAGAGAAGCAGAACAUUUAUACCAUACCUUGGAGUCAUCUUAUCAAAAAGCUUUGCAGUCACAUCUGAAGAACUCAGACAGCAUUGUGUCCUUGCCUCAGUCCGAUCGUUCCUCUUCUAGUUCUCAAGAGAGCCUAAACCGUCCACUGUCUGCCAAAAGAAGCCCAACUGGAAGUUCCACAUCUCGAGCUUCUACAGUUAGUACCAAAUCUGUUUCAACAACUGGAUCCCUGCAGCGGUCUCGGAGUGACAUUGAUGUGAAUGCAGCAGCCAGUGCCAAAUCAAAAGUCUCAACUGCUGGCUCCACCCCUUUCAGUUCAGCAGCUGCCUUGCCUCCAGGCUCAUAUGCAUCGUUAGAAUCCAGACACAUCAGGGAGGACAUGGAGUACAUAGGCCUUGAACCAGGCCGGAUACGCACGCGACGGCAGAGCUCUGGGAGUGCAGUCAGUGUCACCACCACCCCUGAUAACCGUGGCCGCAGCAGAGCCAAAGUGGUUUCACAGUCCCAGCGAUCCAGAUCUGCUAAUCCUGCUGGUGCUGGUAGCCGAUCAAGCUCCCCAGGAAAACUGUUGGGAAGUUCUUAUGGUGGACUUACGGGCGGAUCUGCCAGAGGUACACCUAUGCCCUCAUCCUCAGAUAAACGAAGCAAGAUCCCAAGAAGUCAGGGAUGUAGUCGAGAAACAAGUCCUAGCCGCUUGGGUGGACAAGCACGGAGCAGCCGUAUCCCUCGACCCAGCAUGAGUCAGGGGUGCAGCCGCGAUACCAGCCGUGAGAGCAGCCGAGAUACAAGCCCUGCUCGGGGCUUCCCUCCACUGGAUCGGUUUGGGCUUGGGCAGCCGGGAAGGAUGCCUGGUUCUGUCAAUGCCAUGCGAGUUCUAAGUACAAGCACAGAUCUGGAAGCAGCUGUCGCUGAUGCUUUGCUAUUAGGAGACUCCAGGAGCAAGAAAAAGCCAGUGAGGAGAAGAUAUGAACCAUAUGGGAUGUAUUCUGAUGAUGAUGCUAACAGUGAUGCAUCAAGUGUUUGCUCAGAGCGUUCUUAUGGCUCCAGAAAUGGUGGAAUUCCUCACUACCUACGACAGACUGAAGAUGUAGCAGAGGUUCUAAACCACUGUGCUAGUUCAAACUGGUCUGAAAGAAAAGAAGGACUUCUUGGAUUGCAGAACUUACUGAAGAGCCAGAGAACACUAAGUCGAGUUGAAUUAAAAAGGCUAUGUGAAAUCUUCACUCGAAUGUUUGCUGAUCCUCACAGCAAGAGAGUUUUCAGUAUGUUCCUGGAAACUCUAGUGGACUUUAUUAUAAUCCAUAAAGAUGACUUGCAAGACUGGCUUUUUGUUCUUCUGACACAGUUACUUAAGAAAAUGGGAGCAGAUUUACUUGGAUCUGUACAAGCAAAGGUUCAAAAGGCUCUGGAUGUAACAAGGGAUUCCUUUCCAUUUGAUCAGCAGUUUAACAUUUUGAUGAGAUUUAUUGUGGAUCAGACACAAACGCCAAACCUUAAGGUCAAAGUUGCAAUUCUGAAAUACAUUGAGUCUCUGGCCAGGCAGAUGGAUCCAACAGACUUUGUAAACUCUAGUGAGACAAGGCUUGCUGUUUCAAGAAUUAUAACCUGGACAACAGAACCAAAGAGUUCAGAUGUGAGAAAGCCUCAGCUACAGCAUAGUCGGGUAGGUGAGGAUUUCCCAGCUAGGUCAGCUUCAACCUCUGGGCCUGGAGAAGGAAACUUGGAAGAAAAAUGUAAACAGGCAGCACAAAUUGUUCUGAUUUCUCUGUUUGAACUGAAUACUCCAGAGUUUACCAUGUUACUUGGUGCCUUGCCAAAAACAUUCCAGGAUGGUGCCACCAAACUCCUACACAACCACCUGAAGAAUUCCAGUAACACAAGUGUGGGCUCUCCAAGCAAUACCAUUGGUCGAACUCCUUCAAGACACACCAGUAGCAGAACCAGCCCCUUGACUUCACCUACCAACUGUUCCCAUGGUGGUCUGUCACCGAGUCGGUUCUGGGGUUGGAGUGCCGAUGGGCUGUCGAAGCACCCACCUCCCCUUUCUCAGCCUAACUCCAUCCCCACAGCUCCUUCCCACAAGACUUUCAGGCGCUCUUACUCUCCCAGCAUGCUGGACUAUGACACAGAGAACUUGAACUCAGAUGAAAUCUACAGCUCUCUGCGUGGAGUAACAGAAGCCAUAGAAAAGUUUAGUUUCCGGAGCCAGGAGGAUCUGAAUGAGCCUAUUAAGCGGGAUGGCAAAAAAGACUGUGAUAUUGUUUCACGAGAUGGUGGGAUAGCUUCGCCUGCCACUGAUCUGCGAGGAGGAAGUGAUGUAGUAGAAGGAGGAAGGACAGCUCUCGAUAACAAAACCUCACUCCUCAACACCCAGCCUCCACGAGCCUUUACUGGGCCCCGAACUCGAGACUAUAAUCCCUAUCCCUACUCCGAUACAAUCAACACCUAUGACAAGACAGCUCUGAAAGAAGCCGUAUUUGAUGAUGACAUGGAUCAGCUUCGUGAUGUACCCAUUGACCAUUCUGAUUUGGUAGCUGAUCUCCUGAAAGAAUUAUCCAAUCACAAUGAACGGGUGGAAGAAAGGAAAGGAGCCUUAUUAGAAUUACUCAAGAUCACCCGAGAAGAUAACCUAGGAGUUUGGGAAGAACACUUCAAAACAAUUUUGCUCUUGCUGCUAGAAACACUUGGAGAUAAAGAUCAUUCGAUACGGGCAUUGGCAUUGCGAGUAUUACGGGAAAUUCUGAGAAACCAACCAGCAAGAUUUAAAAACUAUGCUGAACUGACAAUCAUGAAAACACUGGAGGCACAUAAAGAUUCCCACAAAGAGGUUGUGAGAGCUGCAGAGGAGGCUGCUUCAACAUUGGCCAGUUCUAUACACCCUGAGCAGUGUAUCAAAGUGCUUUGCCCAAUCAUCCAGACUGCAGACUACCCCAUCAAUCUAGCUGCCAUUAAGAUGCAGACCAAAGUUAUCGAGAGGAUUUCCAAGGAAUCUUUGCACCAGCUCCUCCCUGACAUCAUCCCAGGCUUGCUACAGGGCUAUGACAACACUGAAAGUAGUGUUCGUAAGGCCAGUGUGUUUUGCUUAGUGGCAAUUUAUUCUGUAAUUGGAGAAGAACUGAAGCCUCACCUUGCACAGCUCACAGGGAGCAAGAUGAAGCUAUUAAAUUUGUAUAUAAAGAGGGCCCAGACCACCAAUAGCAACAGCAGUUCAUCUUCAGAUGUUUCGACGCACAGUUAAUGGAAAUAUCUGGACCUAUUUGUGUAGACUUAGAAGCAAUCAGUGGUGCCUCUCUGAGACCUUUCUUCUCCCCUUUUCUUCAUUGGCACGCCCAAUCAGUACAAGGAGGCCACACAGAUAUUUAUUGCAAUCAGUAUUUUGGUCCUUUCAAGCUUUUGUGUAGAAUCUUAUUGGUAUUGAAUGUAAAGGAAGCAAGGCCUGUGUUGCAGUCUUCAUACAAAAAAAAGAAAAGAAAAAAAAACAGCCAUAACAUGUUUGUGCAGCCUGCUGAAAUCUUUAAAAGAGGGUUAUGAAAGUGAGCCCCUCUAGCAGUUUCUUGGUUUAAACUAAAGUGGUUAACUUGUUUUAAGUUAAGUUGAUACAGAUUUGGGGUUUUAGGAUCGUGUCAGUUUCUUCAUAAUAUUUUGUUUCAUUAUGGGUGUGACCCUUGCUGUACUCUGCGCCUUUCACAAAGGAAACAAUGAAAAUGGUGUGUGUAUUUAAGUUGUUGUUUGAAACCUACCGAAAUGUGAAUUAUGUCUUAGAAAACAUUUAAGAUUAAAAACCGCCUUUUACCGUGUGACUACUAAAUGCCCCCAAAGUUUUCGUUUUCAGUCUUUGAGCUGUAUAUAAAGUGCCCUAGCUUUUUCGUAUAGAUUCUGAAAACUGACGACUCUUUAGUGUUGACUUGAGGUCGAGUCUCACUUCCUUUAAUUAUGUGAUAUCUGUUCCAGGGCUUAAAACUUCUUGACAGCUGGAUUAAAGUUCAGUUGAGUCCAAAAACAAAGCCAGAGUAAGUCAUAGAAUCACUUAGUGAAAUUCCACUUGCCAGAAUUGUAGGCGAGAUCUUACUCUAGGAUCUUUGUGGAAAUGUGAUUUAAAUACCACCUGUGGGAUAAAUGUAGAAACCUUAAGUUUAGGGCUCUGUUCUAAGAAUUGCAAUUACUGUUCUGUCAUGGCCCAUUGAUAUUUGAUAUUUUAUUCUUGGCUUUAAUUCACCCUGAAGUUUCAAGGUAAAAAUUUUCUCAGUUCCUUGAGUAAUGACAGAUAAGGAGUUUUAGAAUUUGACUUCUCUUUUUAGGUAGCAUCAGAGACUGUAGCAGUAAACCCAAUAGAUCAUGACUCGAGAGUCCUUUCUCAUUUUAUAAACCAAAAUUAUUCUCUGCCAGUUUGUUGAAAUAAAGCCUCAGUUCACUGACAAAGAAAAUUUCACAUCCAUUACAGUAGGCAAUAGUGAGAAGAGGGAAUCCUAGAAUUUGAUUUCAAGUAAACGGUGAAUAAAUUAACCUUACGGGAUGUAAAACUUCACAGUUCUCCCUGUUAGCCCUCUCCACAGCUUACCUGACAGGUUUAGAAUUCAGAGCCAUAGAAUGGAAGAUAGGAGAAAAUACACAACUUUUUUCCUUAUUCUAAAAUUAUUUUAGAUAUUUUAUAAAAACAUAUAGUAUGCACUGAGAAUAAAUGCACUGUAAUGUCCAUAAACUAACGUAGCAAGUGUUCUCACACUACAGGAUGGACUUUCAAAGUGUAAUUUAAAUAUGUAGGAAAUACAUAGCUGCUCCUGUCAGAAUUCAGUGGUGGGAUUUAUUCCACCUGAUACAUCAACACUUGCCAUUUGGUUGGAAUGCUAAUUUAUUUUAGGAAAGAGCACAAAGGGAAAACCAUAAUUUUCUGAGAAAGAUUUUCGCAAUCAUAUUUAAACUUUAAAAUGUUAAUUCUUAGCCUUUUGCAAUAUCUGUCCAUUCUAAAGCAUGUUUAAUGAAAAUAAGUGAUAAUGGCUGUCUUAGAUAUCUGAAUUAAAUUUAUCUUAUGUCUAAAAAAAAAUGUAAUGGCAGACAAGUGUGGUUGAAUGUAAUUGGCAUAUUUGGGGCUGCAAAAUAUAGAACCAGGCCUUACUUUCUUGAUCAAAUAAUAUUUUGUUUGUUGACAGAUAUUCAUUGAUGUGAUUUUUCUUUCACUACACAAGUCAGUCAAAGAUUCUUUAUUCUCUGCUGUAGAAAUGUGUUGCACCAUAGAAGAAACAUUCUGGUUAGAUUAUUUAUCAAUUCAUUUAAAUAUAAUGUAUAUAGUAAGUUUCCCUCUCCCGCCCUUCCCUUAUUCCCCUAAAGAGUCCCACAUCCCCUGUGUGUCAUUUAGUUGGGAAGUAUCUUGAAUGUUGCCCAAUUUCCUUGUAGUACUCAAAGGGCUAGCCAUGAACACCACUUGCAUAACCUUCAAUCUCUUAACUUACCAAAAGAGAAAGAGAAUGUACAAUCACUUGUCAGCAGACAUCAAAGUCUCUUGGCUUACAGAUCUGGAAACUCUGAUAUCCGCCAAGGAGAGCAAAUCUGCAUGCAGCCCAUCACAUCAUCCUGAAGGUGAGAGCAGAGCCUGGCUACCCCAGCCAAAUCUCAGCAACUGUAGCUGCCUUUCCUUGCCUCUCCUGUCCUUCGGGGGCUCUUGCUAAUUUGAAAGAAAGAAAGAACAAGAAAGGAAAAUAAUUCAACAGAAACUUUGCCUCCCCAGCUUACCAACUCUGACUUUUCAGUGCCCUGAAAAAGCCCAUCACCCUCUGGACCUCCGGGUCACUAUCCAUUGUGCUGUUGAUAUCACCACUGAGCUAGGGAAUGGGCAAACCACUCGAUCCAUUCUCCCCGCCCCAGGUUUUAAGUACUGUAGUUCUCACGUAGUGCAGAAGUAAUGAGGCAUGUGGCUUUCUCAAAGUACACCGAGUGUGCUUGGCUGGAUGACAAAUGACAACAAUACAAGACUGUCUUUUCUAUUGCUUAUUAUUAGCUUCUCAAUAACCUGUAUAAGUAAUGCAACUUGCAUCUUUGUCAUAUAAAACUUCUUUUCCUUUCCCCAGUACCCUUUAUUUAUCAAGCAUAAUAUUACAUAUUAAAGGACAGCAAAAAGAACGUUGUAGAAUUACAGCUGGACUUUGCUAAUAAUGUUUGGAAAUAAAAAGGAAAAGCUAUGAAAAAUGUCAGCCACCAGAAUGGUUUUGUUCCCAGUGUGUUCACACGCAUGGUUACCCACACAAACAUACACACAGGCACAAAGACACACACACACAGAUACACACACUUUUUUUUUUGCUUUUGUCAUGUUACAUCCAUAUCUGUAUUUAUAUCUUAAUAUUUGUUUCACUUUUAAGUGUAUCAUGGCAAAUGUACAGAUGUUUUUGUUAACAUUAACGUGAUAGGAUUUGCUAAAAAACAAAAGACAAAAAAACCCUUUUGAGUUUGCCCUAGAAUAAAUAAAGCUUACAUUUAAUA